AUGGCCUCUCAGUUCUCAUUUCAAUCUGUAUACCGUCUGGAUUCUGCCAGAUCAGAAGACAUAACAAAUUGUAUAGCUCAUUCAUUGUAUUCAUCAAAGUUCAUUGCAAAGCAUCAGCAAAAACAUACCCCUUUAACGAAUGAUACAUUUAAACGUUGCAUUUCAUCAUCUUGUAAUAUUUCAUUAAGGUGGUCUACAUCAAAAUCAUUAUCCUCAGUUGCUUCUGCUGUUAGAGAUGAGUUCAUAACUGAAGAUGAACCUUCAUUGCGUAUAACACAGACAAACGGAUUAGAAUUGAACCGUGUUGAUUGUCUUGUACGGAUAUUACAUGAAUCUGCCAGAAGCUUUUCCGUUGCAAUUCAAAAUCUGGAAAUGUUUAGAAGUGGCCCCCAGCUAUCAAAUGCAUGGAAUGGAGUUGACGUGAAUGCAUGGCAUAAACGCAUUGCGUAUAAGGUAGCAGUAUAUGCAUCACUAACUGCUGCAAUUGAGGUGGAAUUAUUUCUCUGUCACAAACGUUGCAACACUCCUGUAUAUGAUAUUUUGUCCAAAAAGACAUUAUAUCUUGGUGAAUUCAUAGAAAACCAAUUGUACAGCAAACACCCAGAAUUGGUGGAUUGGUUUAAAACGGUGGAACUUCCACGUAUUACAGGAUUAUUCAUUCCACUAUUUAAAAAGUGGUCUGUGGAAUAUGCUGGAAGUGGUGUUGCAGGAGUUAUCAUUGCUCUAAGUUGCUGUACUGCAGUGGUAAAAUUGGAUCCAGGCCGCCUUGGUUGCCCUCAAUUUACUGCAUCAAUUGAUAAUUCAUUGGUUAAACUGAGGGACUUAUCACGUGACCUUGUAUCAGUCGAUAAGUUACAUCAGUUAGCAAUUGAAGCAGGUUUUGAACAAGAUUUCUUAUUACAUUUUGGCAAAAAGGUUCUGCCAAGCAACAAUAUAGAAGAUGUGGAGUUUUGGAUUGGGCUUAUGAAGGAAAAACUUUCUUUAGCAUUUAAUAGAGAAAAUGUUAUAACACCUAACCAAACCUUCAAUGACAAGGUUGAAGAGACUACUUUAGCAACUCUUGGGAUUUUUGCAUAUUUGGGAAGAGCGACGAGACUAUAUUUAUCAGAAAUGAAUAUAAUUGACAUGGAUGAACAGGUCAAGGAUUUCCUUAGUUACUUGGAGUGUGGAAGCUUGUAUAUUUAUCCCGAGUUUAACUCCCUGCCAAAGUAUCAACUCUUCAUUGAGGUCGUCAUAGAUGAAAUUGGAUGGCUCGACUUUUAUGCUCCACUUAAAGUCAAGUUCCAAUAUGAUGGAAGGUCUAGACAACGUGCUAUACAAGCAGAGAAGGAGAUAAUUCUUUAUACAGUUCUUACCGUUUGCUAUGAUGUUUUCUCCGGAUUUGCACAUUAUAGCAAUUCUUCACAACAACCCUUCGACUCUGAUGUGCUUUUGUUCCUGUUUCGAAGUCAGACCCUGUUAUCCGUCUGUCUGGAGGAGUACUGGGUUGCUUACGAUAAGUCAGGAGAGUUGAUGAAUACAAAAAGAGUUGGUGCAGAUUCAUCUACAUUAAUAGAAGCCCAGUCAAAGCCAAUCGAGAUAAUGAAGAAUCAAGAGGGAUCUAACAUGAGUAAGGGUGCAAGUUUAGCGGGAAUUGAUCCUAUAAAGCUCAAUGAGAAGGAUUAUGGAGUUAAAAAACUGCGUUUGCACGAACGAAUAUUAAGGAAAUCUUCAGAAAAGCUGGUUUCUGCUUGUAAUGUUAUUUUGAUGGGUUCACACUUACUGUUAAUAGAUGUGGCGGAUCUUAUCGGACUACUUGUGAAGCAAUUGCGCGGAAAAAAGAUUACAAUUAGACAAAGAAGAAAGAUAAAGAGAACACUUAAUGAUAUUGUCACUCUUGUUCCUGUUACAAUUCUGAUGCUAAUUCCUUUAUCGGCUGUCGGGCAUGCAGCAAUAUUAACCGCAAUCAACAAAUAUGUCCCAUCAAUGAUUCCUUCUCCCUAUUCACGUGAACGGCUCAAUUUGGUAAGACAACUAAAGAGAACCAAAAAAAUGAAAGUUGAAUCAUGGGCCGUUGAAGGUGUAGGUCAUAUAAGAGAUUCUGCUAAUAAUGGCAGUGAAGAUGUGAGUUUCACAGUGGCAAUGCCAUAGAUACAAAGGGAAAUGAAGAAUGAAAGAUGGUCCUAAGAUAAUAAGGCACUAAUAACAAACAAGAUUCAUGGUUCAUUGGGUAGUCUUUUUUGGCAAUAUCUGCAAUGGAUUUUGAUUUGGAAUGUGUAUAUAAUAGGUAGCCAUGGCAUAUAAUGGAUGUAAAUAAAAUCUCAUAAGUUUCCUGAUAUACUAUUCUAUUUCUUGAA